UUUCGUAGACGUCACGGAAAGUAGGCGGGGCGGUAGUGCGUUCUGACGACACAGCUUAAAGAACCAGACCCUGUGAUCCACGUUGCUGAGUGAGGGGUCGCUAUGAGCUGAGUGUCACGGACUCUGCGAGUGGCCUAAAUCGUUCCGGCCGUCUGUCCGCAAGGGUGAGCUGUAGAGCCGCUGUCCGUCGCUUUUGUUUUCUGUCAUCGCUCAGGUGUGGUCAUGUCUUUACCAUGCGUUCCCGCCGUGCCUUUGCUUUUGCUCAGCGCACUGUUGCAACUCACCCUGACGUUGGAUCCCACGACAGCUACAGGCAGAGAACUCAGCGCUGCUUCCUUCCUCCAAGACAUUCUUCAGAGAUACGGAGAGAAUGAGAGGCUCUCAAUGCACCAACUUCAGUCUCUGCUGGAGCGCCUAGAGGUGGGAAAGGGAGGAGGCAACCAACGCAACAUGUCCCAGUGUCUCGGCUCCUCUGCACUAUUUGCAGCGCACAACUUGACCUCUGGGUCGGUGAUGGACGCUAAAGGUUUCCAAAGUUUCUGUCCCACAAUCCUACAGCAGCUAGAGACCCGGGCAUGCCAAGAGACCGUCGCAUUCCAGAAUGAGACCUCCCCUGAGGGAAGACCCAGCACUGGAGAGGUGUGGGGUUAUGGAUUCCUCUGUGUCACCGUCAUCUCUCUCUGCUCCCUCUUUGGGGCUGGAUUAGUCCCAUUUAUGAAGAAAUCAUGUUACAAGCGUCUGCUCCUCUUCUGCAUUGCUCUGGCCAUUGGGACACUGUUUUCCAACGCUCUCUUUCAGCUCAUCCCCGAGGCCUUUGGGUUUAAUCCAUUGGAAGACUCCUAUGUGUUAACCUCAUCCGUGAUCUUUGGUGGCUUUUAUCUCUUUUUCUUCACCGAGAAGGUCCUGAAGAUGCUACUCAAGCAGAAACAUGAGCAUGGGCACAGUCAUUAUUCCGCUGAUGCAAGCAAGCGGGAUGCCGAAGAGGGUGUGACGGAGAAGUUGCAAAAUGGAGACUUGGACCACAUGAUCCCUCCACCCCGGGGCAGCGAGACUGACCUCCAUGGUGAUGAGAAGGCUGUGCAGCAACAGGAUCUGCCUGGGCAGCAAAGUUCCUGCUAUUGGCUGAAAGGCAUCCGUUAUUCUGACAUUGGCACCCUGGCAUGGAUGAUCACACUCAGUGAUGGGCUUCACAAUUUCAUAGAUGGCCUGGCCAUCGGAGCCUCCUUUACUGUGUCUGUCUUCCAGGGAAUCAGCACGUCCAUCGCCAUCCUCUGUGAGGAAUUUCCCCAUGAGCUGGGAGACUUUGUCAUACUGCUGAAUGCAGGUAUGAGUAUUUCCCAGGCUCUGUUUUUUAACUUCCUGUCUGCGUGCUGCUGUUAUCUGGGCCUGGCUUUCGGGAUCCUUGCUGGAAGUCAUUUCUCCUCCAGCUGGAUCUUUGCUCUGGCGGGAGGCAUGUUCCUUUACAUUGCACUUUCUGACAUGUUUCCAGAGAUGAAUGAAGUGAGUAAAGAAGAUGAAGAAGGUGGGCGGGCACUUACUGCUUUUUUGAUCCAAAAUGCAGGCCUCCUCACUGGCUUCGCCAUUAUGCUGUUACUGACAACGUUUUCUGGGCAGAUCCAGCUGGGCUAAUGACAGGGAUUGGGGUAGCUUUCCCUAUUCACCCCUGCCCUGUUCUUCUACAUUAUACAGCGAGGGGAGAUUCCCACACUUCCCUUUUGGAAUGGACCAAAGGUAGAGCUGCUGCACAAAAUGCAAUAGCCAGCAGGGAGUAGUACAACGCUAAUACUACCUUCUACCCUCAUGUGAGCAAGGACUGGAGGGUGCUACCAACUGCUGCUACUGCUUUUCCUAUGAACAAAUGAGUAGAAGGUCUUACCUUUAUAUUCAAACGUAGAACAAAACUUGGCACUUGUGAAAUCAUAAAAGUGAUGACAUGACUAAGCACAGAACUUUCUGCUCCGAUGUCCCUUCGUCUCAUGGACCACAACUGACAUCGUCCCCUGUAUUCCAUCCUACACUGCCCUUUCCCUGAUCUAGUUUUUUCUGAAGAUCUUGGCCCAUAUUUCCUUUGUGAUUGUCUUGUUCGAGGAGACAGGUGAGUACAAUAGUGAACCACAUCACCUCUUCUCCUGAGCACCAUUGGGCCUAGUGGAGGAUCCUGUCCUUUAGUGACUGCUCCAGGAAGUUUUAUCUUAUCAUAUUGAUAAAUUGAUGGGAUUAUACCCACCUCAGAAAGGACCAAUUCCCUUAACUGCAAUGGACAAUUCUUUAUGUAGUUGGCCUGCAAGAACAUUGUCUGGCCCAAGGAAUAUUGCACAGCUGACUCCUUCGGGCUUUCAUCUCUUGCAGUGUCCUUCCUAAAACCUAUUCCCGCUCAUUUCUGAUGAUUGUUCCGUGCAGCAUGUCAAGGUAACUGCCCUUCGGCACGUUCCAGAUUCUGUCCUGACUUUGUUGCUGCUCCUCAUUCUUUCAAACCGAAAACAGUGUUUGUCUUGAAAAGGAGAAGAGAAGCGAAACUUUGUGUGCUGAGUUGUAUGGAAGCAAAACGUCUAGUGUGCAUUAGUAAUAUUAACGGCUUCCUUUUCAGCUACCAUUUUGCUGAGUCCAUUCAAGUGUAUGAUUUUGCCGUAAUUUGUUAUGUAACUCAGGUGUUUGUAUCUAAAAAGAACACACCCAGAGCAUUUACAUUGGCAUUUAUGUUGUACAGGGAAGCUCAGUGUUAGUACUAAUGCCGCUAAACACCAGCAUGUGAACAGGUGAGGGUUCUGUUUAACAACCGCAGAAGUGUUCACAUUCCUAAAUAAGUGUGGAUCGCAAGGCUUACAGUAGUGUUCUAUUCUCUCCUUCCUGUGUGAUUUACCAUCUCAGGUUCAACAAUAAAGUCGUAUAAAUUCGA